AUCUGGCAGAGUUAUGAUAUCAUAGGCCUAGAGGCCUCAUCUCAACUCUUCCUGUAGACCGUAGAGAGUCUACUGUAUAGAAAUUUACAGUGUUAGAGGGGCACCCUAAAACAAAAGUAUCUCUUUUUUGGGGGGUCUCACUCUUUGGUAUUUUCAAGACCUUGUCAACUGCCAAGAUACAGAUCUACUUUUGUCCUUCCAGUGACUUCAAAAUCAGAGACUGGACCUCAUCCCAAUGCCAAUGAGUGAGACCUGUGCCUCCACAGUGCCACAGAUCGCCAUUCAGGAAAAGACAAGGCUAAGGGGAACGGAUGAGUGAUCAGCUCAUCAAUACUGCCUAGCCGUGGCUGACUACGAUGAUAUGAUGGCGGAUGUGGAGAAAGUGGAGUUCACGUAUGAUGAUGCAGACAGGCAUGAAUAUGAAUUGGCAGAGCUCUACAGCUAUACAGAGGAACCAGAGUUUGGUGUCAAUCAAGUCUGCUAUGAGGAGUUGGCCAAAUCACAUGGUCUGGAGAAGUGGACGACCAUGUCCCGGGAGGAGCAGCUGAGGUUUGUGGUCAGUCUCCAAGAUGACCUGGAGGUGACAGAGAGGGAGAGGAGAACAAAGGCUGUGCAAGCGUUACUCUACCUCGUUCAAGGUGUGUACGGUGAGUGCAACUCUCAGCAACACAUGCAGGAGGUGAGUCGCGGCGCGGUGCUGCUCUACCUGGAGCUGGGCCUCUACUCUUCCUUAGUCCAGCUGCUGGCCAUGGAGGUGGAGAACAGUACAUCAGCCCUUCUUGCAUUAAGGAAACCUGCGGUGUCAAUCUCAGACAGCCAGGAGUUAAGGUAUAUCAUCAACAUCUUGUACAUUAUGGUGGAGACGGUGAGGCACUUUGACAUUGGGCCAGAUGAGAGCGAUCCCGCCACGCAGGAACUGAUAGAGGCCCGGGACAACUUCAAGGAAGAACUCGUUCAACCAGUGUUUGGAGAAGAGCCUCUGUCCGUGCUUCUCUUCACCAUGGUCACCCGGUUCUGCAGUGGCAGUGCCCCCCACUAUCCCAUGAAGAAAGUUCUUCUUCUUUUAUGGAAGCUCGUGUUGUUAACUUUGGGUGGCUUGAAGGGGCUGGAGGCAAAGAAGAACGAGGUGCGCGAGGAGCACGGUUUACCUCCCCUGAGCGAGGACAUCUACUCUGUGUGCGAGACGAUGCGGCCAGCCUCUCCGCCGGCGUCUGCUGCCGAUCUGAUCGAGCAUCAGGUGCCCCGACGCGGGAUGCGAGCUGGGAAGAGGAGUUUGGUUAAACAGAGCAGCCUGGACGACUCGUUUGAGGCCAGCCUGUCGCGCGACGAGGACGAUGACCUCAUGGACGGCCUCAAGUCCAACAGCGACGAAGACUCCCCGCCCACCCCGCCCCGCCCCGCCACACCCACCGUGCCACACAGGACCUUGCCAUGGAAGCCCAAAGUCAGGCAAAAGGACUUGGAGAAUUUCCUGGACCACACCCGUCAGAAGUUUGUGGGCUUUGAGGUGAAGAACGACCACAACUCAUUGGCUGGUCUGCCCCAGCCCAUACACGAGGGAGUCAAAGUUUUGAAACAGCACCUGUAUAUGUCACUGUCUGAGGUUCAGAUCAAGAGAGAGGAAGAGAUUGCAAGGAAUCCUUUGUCCAAGCCUGAAACAGAUGUGGAGAGCACACCGGCUGAGAGGUUGUACCACGCCAUGCUGUCCAAUCUGCCUCAGUACAUGAUUGCUCUGCUCAAGUUGCUCCUGGCUGCUGCACCGACAUCGAAGGCCAAGACUGAAUCUAUCAACAUUCUGUCUGAUGUUCUGCCGGAUGAGAUGCCGACCACAGUGCUGAUGUCGAUGAAGCUGGGCAUUGAUGUGAACCGCCAUAAGGAGAUCAUCGUGAAAGCCAUCUCGGGCCUUUUGCUACUGUUGCUGAAACACUUCAAGCUCAAUCAUGUGUACCAGUUUGAGUUUACCAGCCAGCACUUAGUGUUUGCCAACUGUAUACCUCUGGUGCUCAAGUUUUUUAACCAGGAUAUCGUGGCCUAUGUCAAUGCAAAAAACAGCAUUCCGGCCCUGGACUUCCCAGAGAAUGUGCUUGGAGAUCAACCGGAGCUUACCGCUGAGAACAUUGAGAGCGGUGACAGCCAGCCCCACUGUUGGAGGAACAUCUUCUCCUGCAUCAACCUUCUACGCAUCCUCAACAAACUGACCAAGUGGAAACAUUCUCGGACUAUGAUGCUUGUUGUGUUCAAGUCGGCGCCGAUCCUAAAACGUGCCCUCAAGGUGCGGCAUCCCAUGAUGCAGUUGUACAUCCUGAAGCUGCUGAAAAUGCAGACGAAGUACUUAGGUCGCCAGUGGCGAAAGUCCAACAUGAAGACCAUGUCAGCCAUUUACCAGAAAGUACGACACAGGCUAGGGGAUGACUGGGCUUAUGGCAAUGACAUGGACGCUCGUCCCUGGGACUUUCAGGCCGAGGAAUGUGCUCUCAGAGCAUGCGUUGAUCGCUUCAACAAUCGCCGUUACGUGAGCGGGGGCGGGACGGAGUCGGACUUCCGACCCGUGGACAACAACAUUCUCAGCCUGCUGGGCCAGAGCAUGCCGCUGAGCCCCGAGUUCAAGAUCAACUACGAGCGCUGGUUGGACAUGGAGGUGUACGGCCGGCAGAUCGACUGGGACCAGGUCAUGCUUAGAUAACUGAUGUAGUGGGGAUGCAACUGAAUGUUCUGCUUAACCCUAUCCGUACGCCCUGGGGUCAUUUUGUACCCCCAGGGUUGUAUUCUUCACAUUUUAGAAUACUUUUAGUACGAAGAUCUCUUUGAAACUCAGUAUUUCUCAACAAAUCAUUUUUACAGACUGCUAUGCAAAGCGUACUGAUCGGAUUAACGAGUAAAUUUCCUCUUUGGAAAGAGAGUUCCCCACGUCAUAUGGAUGCAAUAGUUAAACACGGCGUAUGGAUAGGGUUAAUAUGUAAUGAGGUUCGCAUAAAGACGGCAGAGACAGGGUGAGAAGCCCGCCUCUUAAAUGAUCUAAAUUGUGCAAUGGACUCCUAAAAUGUCAAAUUUUAAACUUAACUGUCUAUUGGUCGGGAUUACAUGUCUCUCAACAAUGGUGAUUGUAAAUAAUUUACUAUAAACCUUUCUCUUGACAGGCAAAAAGAGUGUUCUUUGCAGUUUAUUUUAGAAGGACUUCUUGUUAGCAUCGCAAGAUGCACAAGGAUAGUCGAGGGGUCAAAAUAUUAUUUUAUAUAUAUAGCUUUUAAUUGCCCUUCAAGAUUUCUUGUGUGCGGAAACCUGCUGGAAGGGGAACAUUUUCUGAACCGACAUUUUUGCAUUCUGAAAAGAUCUCUCUUGAUCAUUUUGCACUUAAUGUAUCCAUCCACAAGAGUGAAGAUUUCCAUAUUUUCACAAAAGUUUCCAAAGCGUAUCAUUAGAAUAAUUUGAAAAACAUUAAGAACAUUAUUUCAGUAAAAUAUUUUCAAGUGAAGAUUAAUUUGAAAAACAUUACGAAUAGUAUUUUAGUAAAAUCUCUUCAAGUGAAGAUUAAGAAAAUAGAGAGGGAUGGAGAAAAGUGGUUGCCCAAUCAUCUUUGGUGCCCCAAAAGUCAUCUGAGACUGAAGUAUAAGGUUCAAGGCUCACGGUUAUCUUUUCCUUACUUCAUAAAAUUUGCUUUUUACAGAAGUAAAAUUUCUGUGAAAUUUUUUAAUGGUAACUCGAAACAAUCUUCUGCACCUUCCAACUGGUUUUCUGAGAGCUCCCUCAAAUUAUGAAAUUCUCAUCAUCAAAAUGGUUAACAAAGAAGUCAGGUAGCUAUUUAAUCCUAGGUCAUUGUAAGUUUUCUGUCAUGUGUAAAAGAAUCUCUUAUAUAUAUCUGUGCAGCAAGGUAUUUGGAAAUGGUUUUUUGUGCUCUAGUUUUCUGAACUGGAAAUUUUCCACAGUGUAAUUGUGUGACUGCUAUUAUUGAGUCAAAAUCAAAAGUGUUGUAUGUCAUUUCGAUGAGUUAUGGAGAGUUUUAAAGUUUUAGUCCAGUGCAAGUUUCAUUUUGAUGUUCAUUUAAGUCUCAUAUUUAUUUGUUUUGCUAGUUUAACACAUUUAUUCUGCCAAAUUCACCAGAAAAUUUUUCCCUUGUGGCUCCCUACUUUUUGGCCUAUGUGGAAGUACAAAAUCAUAGGUAGGCCUACUGGGUACUUUUAAAAAACUGAAUUUAAAAAGUUACCCACCAAUCAGCACGAAAUUUUUAACACUGACUCAAAAUUGAACAAGAGCGUUGAAUC